GCGAGGAUGCAGUUUUAGCCCCGCCUCCCUCAAGAACCCGCCAUCGGGAAUGAAACGGAAAAAUAAAGACCAAGAGCGACAACAACAGCAGUGCGACGCAACACGCAGUGACGCAAACCAAAUACGCCAAAAAAACAACGUCCAGUCCAUAUAUGAGUUACAUGGCAAAGAAAGCGUCAGGUGUGCGAGCUUCAUCGCCCGAAGCAACAGCCAAGCGUCCGGAGACGUGGCAGGAAGACAAGAAGUCGGGCGGCAAGAAAAGCGCGGCAGACCAAAAAGACGGGCUUCCUGCGCAGCUGCGGGAAUAUGAGCUGGCGCCGCUGUCCGAAGAUGAGCUCUGCGUGGCGGGAAAGCGCACCAAGAAGAGUGUGGAGCGACUGGACAUGCAGGCGCCCCAACACAAAGAGCUGACCAUCGCACAAGGAAGCGGCGACAAGCUGGGAGACAUUCCGCGCACCAACUUCCAGAUCGGCAAACUCAAGUCCGAAGAACUUAAGCCACUGCACGCCAUCUUGUUUGAGCGGCCAGGAAAGAUGGCGAGUGUCAAGAAGAACCUGCGCCUCUUCAACGGUUUCCCUUUCUCCGCCGGCAGCGACCAGUACCUCAAGAAGCGAGACAAACUUCUCAAGAACGCCCACUUGACCAACGCCAAACUCAAGCUGGUUUGUAGCAUUUUGGACCUGGGGAAGAAAGGGACGCAGUCGGAACUGGUGGACAGGAUCAUGAACUUCCUGGUGGAGCCCAAGGACAGCGGAAAGCGUCUUCCCGUGAAGAAGAAGCAGCGAUCCAGGAAGAAAACAUCCGCCGACUUGGCCGCCAAGAGCAAGAAGACGAAGAGCAACGGCAAGAGCAGACAGGUCUCGACGUCGUCCUCGUCCAGCCCCAAAAAGUCCAAAGCGCCAAGUAAGUCCAAAGCCAUCGUCAUGGACUCAAGCAGCGACGAUGAGGAGGAGGAAGAGGAGGAGGAGGAGGAGGAGGAGGGAGAGGAAGACAAGGUACCUGAUGGCAAAGCUUCGGACACGGAAGACAAGUCGUCCCGUACGGAUGAUGAGGAGGGGGACGAAGAAGAGGACAAGCCGGAAUCCAAAAAGCGCUCCAGAACCCCCACCAAGAAGACUCCACCUCCGAGGAAGCGGGUCAAGAGGGACAUCUCUGACAACGACUCGGACAUCAAUGAGGCCAAGAAAAAGAAGCCUGGCCCCAAGACCAAGAAGGCCGACAGCAGCAGCAGCAGCAGCAAGAACACCAACACAGCCGACGACACAUCGGACGAGGACGAGCCCCUCAUCAAGAUGAUCAAACGAGCGCCGAGCGACGAUGAGCUGAAGGAGACGGUGUGCGCGCUCCUCAAAGACGCCGACCUGGCCCAGAUGACCAUGAAGCACAUCUGCCAGAGGGUGUAUGACACGUAUCCCAAUCACGAUCUGAGCGGCAGGAAAGACUUCAUCAAACAGUGUGUCAAGUCUCUCAUGACAUGAAAAA